CAGAGCCCGCUCUUUCUCCCGGGCCGGGCCGCGCCGCGCCGCCUCUAGCCCCGCACCGCCAUGAAGCUGAGCAACCGCAGCCGGGGAUGCUGCGUGGCCGGCAGCCGGGAGAGCGGGCCGCCUCCGCGGAGCCCCUUCGUGCACCAGCUGCGCUUCAGCCCCCUGGAGAAAGCCAAGAUUGCCUUCAUGACCUUGACUCUGUUUCCUAUCCGACUCUUCCUUGCUGCUUUUUUGAUGUUGCUGGCCUGGCCUUUUGCAUUCAUUGCUUCAAUGGGAUCUGAUGAACAAGAGCUUGAAAAACCUCUCUCCUGGUGGCGAAAGAUAGUGGAUAUUCUGCUGAAAGCAAUAAUGAGAAUGAUGUGGCUUGCUGGUGGAUUCCACUGGAUAAAUGUAAAAGGCAGACGGGCGUUGCCGACGGAAGCAGCAAUAUUAACUGUGGCUCCACAUUCUUCCUACUUUGAUGCCAUUCCAGUAACUAUGACCUUCGCCUCCAUUGUGAUGAAAGCAGAAUGCAAGGAUAUUCCUGUUUGGGGAACUCUAAUCAAAUACAUCCGGCCAGUUUUUGUAUCUCGGUCAGACCAGGAUUCUCGCAAGAAGACUGUUGAAGAGAUCAAGAGGCGUGCUCAGUCUGACGGUAAAUGGCCACAGAUAAUGAUAUUCCCAGAGGGCACUUGCACAAACCGAUCCUGUCUAAUUACGUUCAAGCCUGGAGCAUUUAUUCCUGGAGUUCCUGUACAGCCAGUGCUUUUACGAUAUCCAAAUAAACUGGAUACAGUCACAUGGACAUGGCAAGGGCCAGGAGCGUUAGAAAUUCUGUGGCUUACUUUGUGUCAGUUUCAUAAUUCUGUGGAAAUUGAGUUUCUACCCGUGUAUACUCCUUCAGAAGAAGAAAGAAAAAAUCCAGUAUUAUAUGCCAAUAACGUCAGACGUGUAAUGGCAGAGGCAUUGGGAGUUUCAGUGACAGACUAUACAUUUGAAGACUGUCGGCUGGCUUUGUCUGAAGGACAACUUCGUCUGCCUUCAGACACGUGUCUUCUAGAGUUUGCAAAGCUUGUGAGAAGCCUUGGGCUGAAGCCAGAAACACUUGAGGAUGAUCUUGAUAAAUAUACUACAAGUGCCAUGAAAAUGAAAAAAGAAAAAAUUGAUCUUAAAGAAUUUUCAGCAUACUUGGAAUUUCCAGUUUCUCACACAUUAGAAAGUAUGUUUGCACUUUUUGAUGAGAACGAAGAUGGCAUAAUUGACAUUCGGGAAUUUGUCAUUGCACUGUCAGUUGUUUGUAAGCCAUCCAAAACCCUGGAAACACUUCAGUUGGCAUUUCAGCUGUACCAGUCAGAAAAAGGAACUGUAACAGAACAGGAUUUAGCUAAUAUACUGAAGACUGCCAUGGGUGUGUCACAGAUUAAUGUUACGCAUCUCUUUAGAGCUGUAGAUGAAGAAGAAAAAGGAGAGAUCACAUAUGUGUGUGCCUGUUUACUUCGAAGUUCCAAAUGCAGCAUCUAUAAAUGGGGUAGCAAACAAAGUCUCCGCAUGGAUACUGAAGAAAGCCGAAGCUCAGACACUUUUCAUCCUACCAUGGUACUGGAAAAAUUCAUCUGAUGAUGAGUUAUUUCUAAGUCAAUGAAUGUAUAUGGGGAAAACCCAAAUACAUGUCUUUUUAUUCACUAUCCAGCAUUAAAACAAUUUUGUAUUUUAAAUGGUAAAGAAAUAAACUUGUAAAGACCUUGUAUGCCCUAAGUAUAUAUUUUUGUCCAAUGUUUUCAUUUAUAAUAAAGUUCAAGCAAAAUAUUUCUUAUAUUUAAGAAGGGGGGGUUAGGCAACCAAGUGCUGUACUUUGCAGACUACAAAAGCAGUUUUUAAGUAAACUUCUAAAAAUGAAAUUGUAUUUUUAAAUAUGUGGAUUAGAAUUUCUUAAGUUAAACAUCACUCCUUGGCAAUUGUAUAUACGUAGACAAAAAGAAAAACCAUUGAAGCUGCUUCUCCCUGUGGUUGUUUGCAUUUGGUGAUUUGUUUAUAUUGCUUUCUCAAAUUGCUCCAAGGGUAUUAAGAGCUCCAUGUAAAUCAGUAACAUUAGAAAUAGAAGUAAAUUUCUUUAGAAGUGAUAGAUCUUGUUUCCUGGAGGAGGACCAAGACUAAGCAUCUGCUAACCUUGAUGUGCUAUACAACUUCAGUGUUGUGGCUGAAAAUAUUUGGCAUCUGUUCAAUGGGACCACUUUCUAAACCUUUUUGUAAUUCCAAGCAUCUCUCCGGCUGUGCAAGAUAUUUCUAAUUUCAUCACAGGUACUAGUUCAACUUUUCAGAAGAAUAAAAUUAAGUUACCAACAAGCUGAGAAAUAAUUCAGAAAAAGAAUAAUUGUUUCAUCUCUUGAAUUAUUGUUAAAGGGUAUAAUUUAUAUAUUUUGGAAAAAAUAUUGCUAUGUUUUUUGAAAACACUUGAGAAUUUAACUGCAAAAGAAAAAAAGUUAACCUUUUGAAUGAUCAAAUUUUGGAAUUUUCUCAUAUGGCUACUGAAUCCCAAGUUAGGCACUGCCAUGAAGAGGAUGUAGUUGAAAACCUGUGCUGACAAAGCAGGAAGCUGUUUUGUAGGAACUCACUUGCAAGGUAUUAUGUGCUUGUUCCUUCAGUGGUGCAACUUCUGUUGAUUUCAAGGCUUUGCAAGCAGACCUGGUGUGUUUAAAGAUGUAUAUUGGCUGCAAGCUUUUUCUUAUAAUAGCCCUUGGAAAUGCAGUGUAAAUCUGUAAAAAUAUGUAGUGCUACUGGAUAGUAAUAACCUGAAUGCAUAUUUUCUGCUGUAAAUCUCCCUCCUUUGGCUCCUGUGGUAUGUGUACAUAGACUAUUACCUUUGCACUGAACUGACUAUACUUCGUAACAGAAAAACAAAAACAAGUAGUGUACUAAAGAUGACUGUAUAGAUUGUGGUUCCAAUUGUGGAAAUACUUUUGCAGAACAAAAAGUACAGCUUCAGUGCUACAAAUUUGUUUUUUAUAUUUUUUAUUAACAUGCAUGGAAGACUAAGGAUAAUAUUUUUUAAAAAUGAACUUGUUUUUGUACAUUUUUCAAUGUUUAAAACAGUAUAAUUUAACAUUACCUCCGAAUACCAGUGAUCAGUCAGUUCUUAAAGGAAAUACCUCAAUUUGAGCAUUCUUCUCUUGUUAGUUGAAGUGGACUCUAGCGUGUGAUGAACUGAGCCAAAUGAUGUGGGUGCUUAGACUAUGCUAUGUAAGUUGUAUGAUGAUACCCUAAAAGGGAAUUAAAUGAUACACGACAAGUGUUGAUGUGCUGUAUGCAAUCAUGGCUCAUUCUGCCCAACUGGACAUUUUCCUUAUGAAAAGCUUGUAAAUUGAAUUUUCAGCGUGAAGCCAAAUUAAAAAUGAAACAACAAA